AUGGAGAAAUGGUAUUUGAUGACCAUAGUGGUCUUAAUAGGACUAACUGUACGGUGGACAGUUUCUCUUAAUUCUUAUUCAGGUGCUGGAAAACCUCCAAUGUUUGGUGAUUAUGAAGCUCAAAGACACUGGCAAGAAAUCACUUUUAAUUUACCAGUCAAACAAUGGUAUUUUAACAGCAGUGAUAAUGAUUUGCAGUACUGGGGACUAGAUUACCCACCUCUUACAGCCUACCAUAGUCUCUUAUGUUCAUAUGCGGCAGAAUUUAUAAAUCCAGACUGGAUUGCUCUCCAUACAUCACGUGGCUAUGAGAGUCAGGCACAUAAACUCUUUAUGCGUGCAACAGUUUUCAUUGCUGAUUUGCUGAUUUACAUACCUGCAGUGAUUUUAUACUGUUGUUGCUUAAAAGAAACUUCAACUAAAGGAAAGAUUGCUAAUGCAUUGUGCAUAUUGCUGUAUCCAGGCCUUAUUCUUAUUGACUAUGGACAUUUUCAGAACAUAUAUAAUUCUGUGAGUCUUGGCUUUGCUUUGUGGGGUGUUCUUGGCGUGUCUUAUGACUGGGACCUGCUAGGGUCACUGGCAUUUUGCUUAGCUAUAAAUUACAAACAGAUGGAACUUUACCACUCCUUGCCAUUUUUUUGUUUUUUACUUGGCAAGUGUUUUAAAAAAGGCAUUAAAGGAAAGGGGUUUCUGUUGUUGAUCAAGUUAGCUUGUACCGUGGUGGCUUCUUUCAUUCUCUGUUGGCUGCCAUUCCUUGCAGAAAGAGAACAAACUCUGCAAGUUCUAAGAAGACUUUUCCCAGUUGAUCGUGGAUUAUUUGAGGAUAAAGUAGCCAAUAUUUGGUGUAGUGUCAAUGUCUUUGUGAAGAUUAAGGAUAUUUUGCCACGUCACAUCCAGCUAAUAAUCAGCUUUUGUUUUACAUUUUUGAGCCUGCUUCCUGCAUGUAUAAAAUUAAUACUUCAGCCUUCUCCCAAAGGAUUUAAAUUUACUCUGGUUACCUGUGCUCUAUCAUUCUUUUUAUUUUCUUUCCAAGUACAUGAAAAGUCCAUUCUCUUGGUAUCAUUACCAGUCUGCUUAGUUUUAAAUGAAAUUCCUUUUAUAUCGACUUGGUUUUUACUCGUGUCAACAUUUAGUAUGCUGCCUCUUUUAUUGAAGGAUGAACUCCUCAUGCCUUCGCUUGUGACAAUGAUGGCAUUUUUUAUAGCGUCUGCUACUUCCUUUUCAACGUUUGAAAAGAUUUCUGAAGAAGAACUGCAGUUGAAAUCAUUUUCCAUUUCUGUUAGAAAAUAUCUUCCAUGUUUUACAUUUCUUCCCAGAAUUAUCCAAAAUUUGUUUCUUACCUCAGUGAUCGCCAUGGUCCUUCUGACGCUGAUGACUGUCACACUGGAUCCUCCUCAGAAACUGCCAGACUUAUUUUCUCUAUUGGUAUGCUUUGUAUCCUGCAUGCAUUUUCUGUUUUUUUGGGUAUACUUUAAUAUUAUAAUCAUGUGGAAUUCCAGAAAUGCAAGGAAUCAGAAGAAACUCAAUUAA